AUGGAAAACUUUCGUUUUCAUUUUGAUAUUAUAAGUUUUCCAAGGAUUAGUGUGAUAAUUGUUUGUAUCACGAAGCAAUUCCUAUAUGUAGAACUAACAGAGAACAGUUUUAUACCAACGAAGACAGGUCUUCCUACCUCUGAAUGGAUCAAACGCCUCAGCGAUUAUGCCUCGGGAACUUUUUUGUUUGGGCUUGGUCAAAGACCAUCAACUGGUUCGCGCUGGGCCAAAGAAUUAACAACCAUAGACAACUGUCCUCGUCAUAAAUCUGUUGUCAAGAAAGAUCUAUUCGGUAAUGUUGUACAGUGUUCAUGUGAAUAUCAAAGAAAAGAUGUGCAAAAAACUUCAAGGAAAGGCUGCAAACAGUGCUCAAUGGGCAACCAAUGUGGCAACGAGAGGGGCGAAAUUUUGAUGUCAGUACUGACAACUUCUGAAUCUGUUGACAGUUUAAGGGAGAUGGCAGAGGGAUUGAUGUCAAGAUUCGAAAAUUCACAGAAAGAUCUACCCAAGUGCCUCUACACAGACCGUGAAUGCUGCAACCAAGACGGUCCAUCUAAGUUUAAGGUCCUGUUUUCCAAGUGGACAGAUUUAAAAAUCCGUCUCGAUAUAUGGCAUUUUAUGCGACGCCUUGCCCUUGGUUGCACUUCAGAGAGUCAUCCAUUAUAUGGCACCUUCAUGUCCCGGCUAUCCAGCGCCAUAUUUGAAUGGGACAAGACAGAUUUAGCUAAUCUUAAGGCUGCCAAAAAGAAGGAAAUAGAAGCCUCUGGUAUUCCAAAUCCGAGUGAGUCUGCUAUAAACAAGGCGAUAACUAAGGGAGAAUUAGAGAG